GGCCGGAGAUCCAGGGGGAGCUCGGAGCUGGGGGAGAAGCCUCAGGGUGGGGAGAAGCCCCACAAGUGCUUGGAAUGUGGGAAGGGCUUCAGCUACAGCUCCCAUCUGAGGGUACACCAGAGGAUCCACACUGGGGAGAGGCCCUAUGGGUGUGGGGAAUGUGGGAAGGGCUUCAGCCGGAGCUCUGAGCUGAUCCGGCACCAGGUGGUCCACACUGGGGAACGGCCCUAUGAGUGCUUGCAGUGUGGGAAGAGCUUCGGGUGGAGCUCCACCCUGAGGGCACACCAGCGCACCCACACUGGGGAGAGGCCCUACGAGUGUUCUGAGUGUGGGAAGAGGUUUCAGAGGAGCUCCCAUCUUCUCGUACAUCAGCGCACUCACACGGAUGAGAGGCCCUUCCGCUGCCCCGACUGCGGGAAGGGCUUCAAACACAACUCCCACCUCAUCAGGCACCGGCGCAUCCACACCGGGGAGAGGCCCUACGAGUGUCCUGAGUGUGGGAAGAGCUUCUCCAGCAGCUCUCACUUGACCCGACACCAACGGAUUCACAAUGGGGAGAAGCCUCACAAGUGCUCAAAAUGUGGGAAGGGCUUCAGGUGGAAGUCCAGACUGAUUGUCCACCAGAGAAUCCACACCGGAGAGAGGCCCUACGAGUGUGGGGAGUGUGGGAAGAGCUUCAGAGACAGCUCCAGUCUGAUCUGCCACUGGAAAAUCCACACAGGGGAGAGGCCCUACGAGUGUGGAGAGUGUGGGCAGAGCUUCAGCCAGAGCUCCAACCUGAUUGUCCACCAGAGAAGCCACACAGGGGAGAGGCCCUACGAGUGUGGGGAGUGUGGGAAGAGCUUUGGCCGGAGAUCCAGCCUGUGGGCACACCAGCGGACGCACACAGGGGAGAGGCCCUACGAGUGUGGGGAGUGUGGGAAGAGGUUUCCAAGGAGCUGCAGUCUCCUCAAACAUGAGCAGAGUCACACGGAUGAGAGGCCCUUCCGCUGCCCCGACUGCGGGAAGGGCUUCCAGCGCAACUACACCCUCAUCAUCCACCGGCGCAUCCACACCGGGGAGAGGCCCUACGAGUGUCCCCAGUGUGGGAAGAGCUUCUCACAGAGCUCUAACUUGACCCAACACCAACGGAGCCACCUAAGGGAAGCCCUGCGAGUGCCCCGAGUGCGGGAA